AUGUCCCAGUCCAACAUCUUCAAUUUCUCGAACAUCGCGCUCUAUCACAACGGAUCUGGAGCAACCAGUAUUACCGAUGGCUACCGUGAACCUCCAAACGGAUUCCACGGUUUUGAAGGAGGCAUCGAUGAUUUCUUACUCCCCUCCAAUUUCCAAGAAUAUUACAUGCCUGAGCAAGACACUCGGGAGGUUAAUUCAAUUCCCCAAACCCAUGGCGGUAACGAUGAUUUGCAGGAAGGACUACUGGGUCUCGAGAAUGCCACCAUGGAUGUUGUUCACCAUUCUGCGGCACACGCUGUACCAUCUGCGGGUCUGUACACGUCCCAGGAUUUAGCGCAAAUAUGGGACUCUAAUUUUUCAUCUCUAAAUGACUCUCUGGUCGAUCCCGUGGAGCACAAUUCAAGCGCAGCGUUCUAUUCCAGGCCGGCUGCUAUGCCUAUGAGCAGCUCAUUUACUGAGGUUCCCAAUCCAGUGUACUCAGAUUACGCGCACUAUGCAUACGGAGAACCAUCAGGAUCACAUUCUGGCUCCACGUCCAGGAAUGCAUGGGCUCAGACGCCAAUUGAUACUUUUCUAAUGGAUCAUCAGACUGGAAUUGGUGCAAUUCCUGCAUCGAUUACUCCUUCCCCGCAAGACCUAUCUGUUGGUCCAUCAAGACAGCUAAGGGACAUGUCUCAUCACAUGUACACCCCGCAUAGGCUCGUUGUGAACCAACACGACAUUUCAGCACACCGCAGAGAGAGUGCUCCACAUUUACAGCCCAAUUCAACCUGGCGCAUCCCUCGAUCUGGAGAGAUGUCCAAUCAAAAUAUGGUGUCCGAGAACGGGCAAUUCCAAGGAGUCAAAGGCUCCGGGGUUAUUCCCGUAGAGCAGACAUCCAAAGAGGUCACUGAAUCACAUAAUCCUCGAAGAUCCAAGCCUCAACAACAACGAAGAAAUGGAAGCCAAAGGGCACCCCGGGAUAGAAAGAGGAGCGCCAAACGAGGGGAAAAGCCCUUCAUACCUGUGAUUCGUGGGGCAUGGGACAUAGCGGUUGGGGAGAGCGGGACUAGAUAG